AUGCCUAUACCCGACAAACAGCAGUGGAAAAUAAUUGCCGAACGUUUCGAGACCUUAUGGAACUUACCAAAUUGUAUUGGCGCUCUCGACGGCAAACAUGUAAGAAUAGAGAAAUUCCCAAACACAGGCUCCACUAAUUACAAUUAUAAAUCGUUCCAUUCCGUUGUAUUAAUGGCAUGUUGCGACGCAGACGGGUUAUUUACAAUGAUAGAGGUGGGAUAUGCUGGACGAAAUAGCGAUGGAGGCAUUUUUCGCGCUUCCGCUAUGAAACAUUGGAUUACGCAUGCUGGUUUUGAUAUUCCUCCACCCUCGCCAUUAAAGUACGAUGAAAAAAAAUGUCCUUUUCCGUAUUAUUUAGCGGCAGACGAAGCAUUUCCUUUGUCAAGCUAUCUUAUGAGACCAUAUGCAAAAAAAACUUUAGAUAAUAUGAAACGAAUUUUUAACUAUAGAUUGAGUCGUGCUAGAAAAACUAUAGAAUGCACCUUUGGAAUGGCUGCUGAAAAAUGGGCUAUUUUAAAUGGACCUAUUCGUGGUCAUGACCCUAAAAAAGUGAAUGAUUUUAUAAAAGCAGCGUGUAUUCUCCAUAAUUAUGUCCGAAAAACAGAAGGGCUUGAAUACACGCCUAUACAUAUUGACGAUCAUGAAAUAGUUGCCAAUGAAAAUUAUGUAAUACCACCAACGGCACCAACAGUACAAAACACAAUAUCAAUAAAUAUCAACUCUUCAGCUAAUGUUUUGAGAAAUUAUUUAGCCAACUAUUUCAUUAAUCCACGAGCAGCUUUACCGUGGCAAUGGAAGUACUGCUGUUGA